ACCUAAAUCAGUGUUUGGGUGCAGGGUACAAGGGGGGAUAGUCAGAGGUAUUCAGUUAAUAUAAACAGUCUUUUGAUUUUCAGAGUUUAUAUCUCAAUUAUUUUGUUUCCUGUUUUCUUUCUUUUUUUUUUAUGAUGCGACCACACGAUUUUUACAGAUUGUAGGUACUCCUGAAUCCAGUAACAUUUCUUUAGAAUAGGUGUACAGUGUUUAGUACUGUAAAACUCUGAGAAGAAAGCAAACACACAGUGUAAAGCCCCGAUGGAGUAAAGUAACUCGCUCAUGCUCAUUUUCCGCUACAGAGACGCCUCUCUGCCCCUCUUUCCCGGAAGCCCGCCUGUGAUGGCAGAGGAUGAGCCACAGCUCUCCCUGAAGGAGCUACCAAGGCUUUCAAGCAAACAGAUGUCAGCCAGGGAAGCCUGGCCAGCGCCAGAUCAAGUUGCUGCUGCCAGCUCUCGCGAGCUUUGUCAGGAAGAGUUGACUGAAAUGUCCGAGCCCUGCAGUUCACAGGCUGGGCGGCCGCCGCAGCGCGCAGUUCCCCCAAGUAGUGCAUGAAUGCCACUCUGCAAACUUCGUCAUCCUUCUCCGCAGGGGUUCGGAAGGGUUCUCUCACAGACUCCAGGCUUGCAGAUUCAGCUUGGUAGUCUGGACAGUAAGCCCCAAGGACCUUCUCCUGUGUCUGCCUCCUGUACUGCACUGAUGUCACAGAGCCUGUACCACACUGGCUCUCUCGUAAAUCAACAUGCAGACCCAGUGUACCACCACCACACAAAUCCAGUUCCUCCUGUGGAUUCUUCUGCUCUGCAUGCUUUUCGGGAACUCACACACUGAAGAAGAUGUAAUUACAACCAAGGCUGGAAGAGUCCGAGGGCUGAGCCUGCCAGUUCUCGGUGGCACAGUGACUGCCUUUCUCGGAAUCCCCUACGCACAGCCUCCUCUGGGUAGGCUAAGAUUCAAAAAGCCACAACCCUUAAACAAGUGGACUGGAAUCCAGAAUGCCACCAAAUAUGCAAAUUCUUGUUAUCAGAACAUAGAUCAAGCUUUCCCAGGCUUCCAGGGAUCAGAAAUGUGGAAUCCAAACACGAACCUCAGUGAAGACUGCUUGUAUCUGAAUGUUUGGAUUCCAGCUCCUAAGCCCAAAAAUGCCACUGUAAUGGUGUGGAUCUAUGGCGGAGGCUUUCAGACUGGGACAUCCUCGCUACCUGUUUAUGAUGGGAAAUUUCUAGCUCGGGUCGAAAGAGUUAUUGUAGUUUCAAUGAACUAUAGAGUAGGUGCCCUAGGAUUCCUAGCUUUACCUGGAAAUUCUGAGGCUCCAGGGAAUGUGGGUUUAUUUGAUCAACAGCUGGCACUUCAGUGGGUCCAAAGAAAUAUAGCUGCUUUUGGAGGGAAUCCCAAAAGUGUCACGCUUUUUGGAGAAAGCGCAGGAGCAGCCUCAGUUAGCUUACAUUUGCUUUGUCCCCAAAGCUACCCUUUGUUUACAAGAGCCAUUUUGCAAAGUGGCUCCUCUAAUGCCCCCUGGGCAGUAAAAUCUCCAGUGGAAGCCAGAAACCGAACCUUGACCUUAGCUAAAUUUACUGGUUGUUCAACGGAGAAUGAGACAGAGAUGAUUAAAUGCCUUCAAAAUAAAGAUCCUCAGGAAAUCCUUCUGAAUGAAAGGUUCGUUCUUCCCUCUGAUUCCCUCUUAUCGAUAAACUUCGGUCCAACAGUGGAUGGUGAUUUUCUCACUGAUAUGCCCCACACACUGCUUCAACUCGGACAGGUAAAAACUACUCAGAUCUUAGUGGGUGUUAACAAAGAUGAAGGGACAGCUUUCCUCGUGUAUGGUGCUCCUGGUUUCAGCAAAGACAACGACAGUCUCAUCACUAGGGGGGAAUUUCAAGAAGGUUUGAAUAUGUAUUUCCCAGAAGUGAGCAGCUUGGGAAAGGAAGCAAUCCUCUUCUACUAUGUGGACUGGUUAGGUGACCAGACACCAGAAGUCUACCGUGAAGCUUUGGAUGAUAUUAUUGGAGAUUAUAACAUCAUAUGCCCUGCAUUGGAGUUUACCAAGAAAUUUGCAGAGCUUGAGAACAAUGCCUUUUUCUACUAUUUCGAACACCGAUCUUCCAAACUGCCUUGGCCGGAAUGGAUGGGAGUGAUGCAUGGCUAUGAAAUUGAAUUUGUCUUUGGUUUACCUCUGGGAAGAAGAGUUAAUUACACGAGAGCUGAGGAAAUUUUGAGUCGAUCCAUAAUGAAACUUUGGGCAAAUUUUGCAAAAUACGGACAUCCCAAUGGGACCCAGAGCAAUAGCACAGUGUGGCCUGUCUUCACAAGUUCUCAACAAAAGUACUUAACCUUGAACACAGAGAAGCCAAGAAUAAAUGCUAAACUCCGUGCUCCACAAUGCCAAUUCUGGAAACUAUUUUUUCCAAAAGUCUUGGAAAUGACAGGAAAUAUUGAUGAAACAGAACAAGAGUGGAAAGCAGGAUUCCAUCGCUGGAGCAAUUACAUGAUGGACUGGAAAAAUCAAUUUAAUGAUUACACUAGCAAGAAAGAGAGUUGUAUGGGUCUCUAAUUAAUAGAUUUACCCUUUAUAGAAUGUUCAUUUUCCUGAGAUGAAGGAAAAAUACCAGUAGCUCUCUCCUCCUAUAGCAAGAAUGCCAUUAUAAAGCAGAGGCGGAAAUGCCAGAGGAGGAUAUUGAUCCCUUUCAUCCUUCACUUAGUAUUUCACCUCACAUUUCAAAACUGAGUCACUAGAAGUUGUGUUUAUUAAUUUCACAAUGUUGACUUUGAGAAUUAAUUAUGUGCUGCUUUGGUCUUACUUUCCUGAAUAACCUUAUGGCUUUUAGGUACAUUUCUAUCUAAUUCUAUUUUCUCAGAAUCACCUUUGUAAAAUUAUCUUUAAAACUGAAUUGGAUUUGAAUCACUGAAUGCUAUAAUUUGUAUUAGUGUUCCUAUAAUUUACUCAUAAGUGUAGUAUCUCUAUCAAAUAAAACAAAAAAUUGACUACUUAUAUACAUAGAAGCAAGAGACAAUAUUAAAAUAAGAGCUGUGCUAUCUUGGAAAGACUAUAUUGAAAUAAAAUAUGGCCAGCAACAAACACAAGGAACUGCGGGUACUGUUGAUAAUCAAGCAGCUGACUGUCCUGCAUGAGAAAACAUGUUUCAGGCAUCAUUUUAUGAACAUGAUUUGUCACAUGAAGCAUGUGCCAUCCAAGAGUUCCACAGGAAGACAACAACAAUAGCCAAACAUCUACCACCACCAAAAACAAAAGCAUGCCUUUCUAAUGUGCCCGGUAAUUCUAGAACAGACUCCACUGACUCCACAAUGGUGUAGGAUAGAAACUAGUGGAGAUUCCACUGUUAACAAAUUCAUAGGUGGAACAAAGUUUCACUUAAAUUCCUCAUGCAUUCAGUGUCUGUGAAUCCAAAAUCUGCAUCAUAGCAGUCCACUUUACAAAUAGUACUUGAGGAACUAUUGCUGUAGAAUUAAAGUCUCUUAAUUUAGGUGAGUAUUUUUUUUAAUUCAUGUCUCAAAAUCUGACAAAUAAGAAUACCUCAGAUAUUAUAAAAGAGCAAGUAUAGUUAGUGAAGGCAGGUAAGAGCAUUAUUUUUCAACUAUUUAUAUUUAGAAUGCUGCUUUUAGUGGUUUAAUGUUUAAAUUUGAUUUACAAGAGUUAAAAAAAUAAGUUUCAUUCCUGUAAAAAAAAUCUUGUUGUAUUGACUUUUAAUUUAAAAAAAAAACAGAAAAAAAAACCAACAGUACACUGAAGUUUAUAAUGGCAAAGACGAUAAUUUAAAACUUAAUGUAAUUAAGUUCUUUUGAAUCUGAUAAUUUACUGGAUAAUUAUUAAUAUGAUUUUAACUAUUACAUAAUUAGUGCCUAAUAAAUAAAACCAUCUUCACCUUGUUGAAGAAAGACAGCCAAAUCAAGAGUUAGUGUAAUUCCAUAGCGUACUGUACUCAGCAGCACCUCUUCUAUUUACAAACCUGUUGAAGAGUGAGUGAGGUGAAAGGGGCUUUACCGAAAUGUACUUAAUGCAAAACAUUAUUUACCAUCCUUUCACACUGCCAAGGAAGAGCUCACCACCAGAUCUAAAAAUGCAAACAAAUGUAUGUUAAGUUUCCCUAAGGGAACAGAACAGAGCAAAGAAGAAUACAUCUAUUAAAGGGGAAUUUACUUGAGUGACUUAUGGGAUAUAGCCUAGUAGUUUAACAAUGGCUGCCUCACACAAUAGAGUCUUAGAAUAUAGAAGUUGUUCAAUACACAAAGCUGCAUGUCUCAACAGUUGCAGUCAAGGGCUGCAAGCCUGGACAAAUUCUGGAGAGCAUCUGGCCUUGAGUCGACUUUGGAAUCUCAAAGAAGUAGGUUCUAAUAUCAGUGAAGUGAUGACACAGGAACAGGAUAGAUAAAAUUGGCAGCAAGAGUUAGAGUAAGCAGGUAAAAGCAAAUUUCCCUCUUCCAUGUCCUUUGAUCUAAGCUGCUACCAUGAGGUGCAUCCCAUAUUCAAGAUUAUUCUUCCUCUUCUAAAUAUCAUGAGCAAGAAAAUCUCUCACAGGAUUGCCCUAAAGCUUAUGAUUCAGUUAACUCAAGAUGCUGUCAAGAUGACAUCAAAUUAGCUAUCACAAAUUUAUUCCUUUUCAUCAUGACACGAAGCAACAUUUCCUUAAGCCAUGCUUAAUUUCUAAGUUAAAACAACAAUCAGGUAAUAAUACCACCUAACAUGAUAUAACUACCCCAUGCACAACUGUGAAUACAUUAUGUUAUUAUAUUUAUUUACAACCUAAAUAUAAUAAUAUAAAUUUACAACACUUAACCAGUUGUAUUAUUUCAAUCGAUAUUACAUUACAUGAUAGGCAAGGGUCAGAUAGAAGGGGAAGAGGUCCUCUCCUAUCAGUGGAUUAAGGGAGGGACAUAGAGUGAAAAGAAUGAGGGUGGGUGGGACUGGGAGGAGACAAGGAAGGGGGCUGCAGAGGAGAUACAAAAUGAAUAAAUUAUAAUAAAUAAAUAAUUUAAAAGUAGAAGAAAAAAUACAAUUAUCUGCUUAAUAUAACUACUCACACACACAUGUUUUUAUCAUAAUAAGACAGAAACACUAAUAUCAAUUAUAAUCAUUUCUGCAAUUAAAUCUUUGACUAAUAUUUAUAACUACAUUUCUCUAUUCUCCAUUUUGUAUUUGUUCCGCCAUUAACAAGCAGCUUACCUUCAUCAAUUUUUCGGAAUCAAUGUCAGUAAAACACCAAUAUACAAUAGGCCAAAAAAAUCUGAUCGUUUAUUUUCUUCACUGUAUAUUAAAUCUAGUAAAAGUCCAUAGGUCCUUGUAGGAAAGGACAGGAGAAAGGCUGAAAAUAAAACUCUUCAAUAUGUUAACAUUAUCCUACCUCAGGGGAACCUGGUCUUCCCUUCAAUCAAGUAGUUCUAGGCUUCUAACUGGUUCAAAUCUGGAAAUUGAUUCCUUAUUGCUACAAUCAAAUUCAUCAUUUCUUCUAUUUAUUCUGGAGUUUUUUCUGCCUACCCAGAUGAAACAAAUGCUCGAUAGACUUCCAUUUCAUUCCUAGAAACACCAUGCUUGAUUAACCAGUCCAAAACGUUCCUAUGGGUCAGACCAAUACACAAACGACUUUGCCUACACUGCCCAUUACAAUACCUGAACUUGCCUGUUAUUUUUUGUCGUUGUUGUUGUUGUUGUUGUUGACAAUUCAGUGAAACAACCUGACCUCUGGUUCUCUGGGGACCAGUUAAACCGACUGCAAUUAAUAUAUCUAUUGAGCAGCAGUAUUUUCAACACAGGAUCAGAUGCAAGGAGAAGAGCUGACAAAGCUCUUCAUAUGUCCUGGUGCCCCUUCCAAUCAUUUUGAAGGUAACAUUUUCCAUGUUGCCCACUCACCACUUUCGGUAGAAAAUGGCUUGUAUUCUAGGCCCUCCCAAAGGGAAGAAUUAGGUUUUACAUAGCUUAUCUACUCUAGUACUUCAAAAUCCUGAGUCUGAAAUAAUAAUAAUAAUAAUAAUAAUAAUAAUAAUAAUAAUAAUAAUAAAUAAUCCCUUCAUUAACAAUAAGCCAAGUUAUAUCAGGCAUGUCCAGUUCUUUCUUAAUAGAAUAUCAGUUGAUAGAUACAUAAGCCUACGAAUCAAAUAAACCCCUUUUAACUGUGAAAGCUUCCAUAGUAAGCCUAGAAUCACCCUUAUGUGGGUCUAGAUCAACAACCUCAGGCUUAUUCAGUUGUUUCUCCCUUCUAUCACAAUCAUAUGCCCUUAUGAUACAUUUCCACACAUGUUCCCCAGACUUGGAAUUGAAUGAACUAGAAAGUUCAUUAAUUUCUUUAAUAGUUUCAUGUACCUCACAAACCUCACCUCUAGGUGCAGGGUAGCCUUAACUCUUCUUAAAGAUAUUUAGGCAACAAAAUUGUAGACCCAAAGGACAUCUGUAUUGUCUUGCCUGACAUCUCCUUCCGAGAAGGUAAUUUUGAGUUCUGUGCACAAGGCAGGGUCAAUUCUCUCAGGCGAGGAUGGAGGGAGCAAUCUGGGAGAUUCAUGUUGGCAUGAAUCCAGCUGAGAGUGGGGAAACAGCUUUCUUGGGUGAGAUAAUGUGGCAAUUUGAGUAAGAAUGUCUUCCAUAAGCUCAGAUAUUGGAAUACUUCAUCUCCAAUUGGUGGUGUGUUUGGGAUAUUAGAGAGAUCCAACUUUUCUAGAGAAAGCAUGUCGUUGUGAGCAGGCCUUGAGAUUAUACACACUCUUCAUGCUUCUAGCUCACCCUUUCUCUUCUGUGCUUGUGUUUGAAGAUGUAAGCUCUUGGUUUCCUGUUCCAGAAACCAUGCCUGAUGCCUUGCUACCAUGCUUCCCAUUGUGGACUGAAACCGUAUGCCCAAAUAAAUGCUUCCUUUUGUAA